ACUUGCUCCUGUACGCAUUGGUUUUAUUUUUGAAAGGAUAGCUAGACUUAAGUCACCCUCCACCUCAAUUUAAACCUGGUACUUUAUUUUUUAUUAUUAUUAUUCUUAAUUCCUCGUUUCGAGCGUUACACUUGUCUGAUCAGUUCGCUCUCCAGCUCCUUCUUCUGUUGCUAAACCUUGAAAACGGGCUCUCUCUAAAGAUAUUUACUAUAUUUUUUUUUUCCCAUUGCCAUUUUUUUUUUUUUUGCUCAUGGCUACUCCGUUUCUCGCUCUCUAUUUUUGCCCCUCCCCGCCUAGAGGAAAAUAGCAACAAGAAAACAAGGCAAAUAAGCGAAUAUUAGGGGAAGUAGCCCUCAGGUCUGCUGCGCCCCCCCUGCUCCCCCCCCCGCUCCCCCCCCCCCCCCAAAAGGGGGGACCUAGAGAACAUCAGUCUUGAACUUCUUCCUCUUCAAGAGCUCGGGCUGCAAAGGAAACCUCCUUUGUUUUUGUUAUUUAUAUGCUGUCAAGUUUUGAAGUGGUCACAGCGAAAGCUUGGCCUGGAUUGCCAGAGCCAUAUGGAACGGAUAAGUGCGGAGCCUCUCGCAAAUGUGAUCUUUAGAGGCGGGACUGAGUAUGGAUCAUUUGAACGAGGCAACUCAGGGGAAAGAACAUUCAGAAAUGUCUAACAAUGUAAGCGAUCCGAAGGGUCCACCAGCCAAAAUUGCGCGCUUGGAACAGAAUGGGAGCCCAUUAGGAAGAGGAAGACUUGGAAGUACAGGAGCUAAAAUGCAAGGAGUGCCUUUAAAACACUCUGGACACCUGAUGAAAACUAAUAUUAGAAAAGGAAGUAUGCUUCCAGUUUUCUGUGUAGUGGAACAUUAUGAAAAUGCCAUUGAGUAUGAUUCUAAGGAGGAGCAUGCAGAAUUUGUGCUGGUGAGGAAGGACAUGCUUUUCAACCAACUGAUUGAAAUGGCAUUGCUAUCACUCGGAUAUUCUCACAGCUCUGCUGCCCAAGCAAAAGGGCUUAUCCAGGUUGGGAAGUGGAAUCCAGUUCCACUCUCCUAUGUCACAGAUGCCCCUGAUGCUACAGUAGCAGACAUGCUGCAAGAUGUGUAUCAUGUGGUCACACUGAAAAUCCAGUUACACAGUUGCCCUAAACUAGAAGACUUGCCUCCUGAACAAUGGUCUCACACAACAGUAAGAAAUGCUCUGAAGGACUUACUGAAGGAUAUGAACCAGAGUUCAUUGGCCAAGGAAUGUCCCCUUUCACAGAGUAUGAUUUCUUCCAUUGUGAACAGCACUUACUAUGCAAAUGUCUCAGCAGCAAAAUGUCAGGAAUUUGGAAGGUGGUAUAAACAUUUCAAGAAGGCAAAAGAUAUGAUGGUUGAGAUGGAUAGCCUUUCUGAACUAUCCCAGCAAGGUGCCAACCAUGUCAACUUCGGUCAGCAGCCGGUCCCAGGGAACACAGCCGAACAGCCUCCAUCCCCUGUUCAGCUUUCUCAUGGUAGUCAACCAUCAGUUCGGACCCCACUUCCAAACCUGCACCCUGGACUUGUAUCUACUCCCAUUAGCCCUCAGCUGGUAAAUCAGCAGCUGGUAAUGGCCCAGUUGCUGAACCAGCAGUAUGCAGUGAACAGACUUCUAGCCCAGCAGUCCUUAAACCAACAGUACUUGAACCACCCUCCUCCUGUCAGUAGAUCCAUGAACAAGCCGUUGGAGCAGCAGGUCUCAACAAACACAGAGGUGUCUUCCGAAAUCUACCAGUGGGUCCGUGAUGAACUGAAACGAGCAGGAAUCUCACAGGCAGUAUUUGCACGCGUGGCUUUUAACCGAACUCAGGGCUUGCUCUCAGAAAUCCUCCGAAAGGAAGAGGAUCCCAAGACUGCCUCGCAGUCCUUGCUGGUAAACCUUCGGGCUAUGCAGAACUUCUUGCAGCUGCCAGAAGCCGAACGAGAUCGAAUUUACCAGGACGAAAGGGAAAGGAGCUUGAACGCAGCCUCUGCCAUGGGCCCCGCACCUCUCAUAAGCACACCACCUAGCCGGCCUCCACAAGUCAAAACUGCUACUAUCGCUACAGAGAGGAAUGGAAAAACAGAAAAUAAUUCCAUGAACAUUAAUGCUUCCAUUUAUGAUGAGAUUCAGCAGGAAAUGAAGAGAGCUAAGGUGUCUCAGGCACUGUUUGCAAAGGUGGCAGCAACCAAAAGCCAGGGGUGGCUCUGUGAGCUGUUACGUUGGAAAGAAGAUCCCUCACCAGAGAACAGGACCCUCUGGGAGAAUCUCUCCAUGAUCCGAAGGUUCCUCAGUCUUCCUCAGCCUGAACGUGAUGCCAUUUACGAACAAGAAAGCAAUGCAGUUCAUCACCAUGGUGACAGGCCUUCCCACAUUAUCCAUGUGCCAGCAGACCAGAUUCAGAGCCCCUCUCCCACCACCCUUGGGAAAGGAGAGCAUAGAGGCGCUUUCUUACCAGGCCUGCUGACCACUGGACCUUGGCUGGGUGCUGCUCCGCAGCAGCAGCAGCAGCAACAGCAACAACAGCAGCAGCAGCAACAGCAACAGCAACCAGGUCCCAGACUACCCCCAAGGCAACCGACAGUAGCAUCACCAGCUGAAUCUGAGGAUGAAAAUCGUCAGAAACCCCGGCCACGAACAAAGAUUUCUGUUGAAGCCCUAGGGAUCCUACAGAGUUUCAUUCAAGACGUGGGCCUGUAUCCAGAUGAAGAAGCAAUCCAGACUCUCUCCGCUCAACUUGACCUGCCCAAGUACACCAUCAUCAAGUUCUUUCAGAACCAGCGAUAUUAUCUCAAGCACCAUGGGAAGCUGAAGGACAAUUCUGGGUUGGAGGUGGAUGUUGCAGAAUACAAGGAGGAAGAGUUGCUCAAGGAUUUAGAAGACAGCAUCCAAGACAAAAAUGCAAACACGCUUUUUCCAGUUAAACUAGAAGAAGAGUUAUCGGUAGAAGGGAACACAGAGAUUAAUGCUGAAUUGAAAGACUGAUCUAAAAGUAUUAUUUUCUUUCAACAGUGCCACUGGUAUUUACUAAUGAAAUGAAAGUUCCAUCUUGCGUUCUGUCAAAAACCUUUAUUAUUCAUUGUUUGGCCAAUGAAUCUUCCAAAACUUGCACAAAAGUUGAAAAAAGGAUAAUGCAGACUGCACUAGAUGUUUUACUCUGUUUUACAAACUGCUUCGCAGCAACAGAUGAAGCGUUGAGGAUUGUUUGAUAUUAAUUUGUGUUCACUGGAUACACUGUGAGUGUACCCAAUAAGCAUGAUACCAGUGAUUUUGAUUCUGGAGCCUUCAGACAAGCAUUACAACUUUUGUGAUUUACUGUUUUUUGUUUUUGUUUUGUUCUUGUUUUUUUAAUUAUUACUGUAGCACUCCACACUUGAUCUUUGGAAACUCACAUUUAUUUAAAAAAAAAUAAAAUAAAAAGAGUUUGUUACUCUUGUUCUAUUGUAUGUUACAAAAGAACUAUAGACUGUGGAAUGCAGUUUAAAGAUAACAUAUGCCAACAAAUGCCUUGUAUUAUAUGGCACUGCCGUAAUUCAGAUUUGUUUUCUUUUGGAAAUAAAGGUCACUGUUUUUUUUUUUUCCAUUCUCAUUGUUACAUGGUUUUAAAGAAAAUGAAAAAGAAAAUGUGAAACACAAUUUAGUCCUCAUUAUUUAUUUGUAGAUCCUGCAGCAUCAUGUUGUAAUUAAUUUUUUUGGAAGUUUCCGUUAAAUGUAAUAUUGCUUCUCUUGUUAUCAUACUGAUUUUUUUUUCUAUUUAUAAAUGUAUUUUGAUGGGCAGUAAAACAAAGUGUCUUAAAAGUUUUAAAUAGAGAAAAUGUGCUUUACACAGUUGCCUAUAAAAAGUGCUCUAUGUUAUCCAAGCAAUUCAUACUAUAAGCUUCACUCUUAUUGUUGUAUGCAAUUUUUACUAUCAUGCAAAUAAGCUUAGGUAAAUAAAACUAAUAGAUCACCUUAGAAACUUAUGCAAUUAAUGUGAAAAUAAUUGAUGUUUGCAAUGUGUCUUCCUUUGGUUUACAAUCAAUUUUAAAGCUACAGCUGUAUAAAUUUUCUGUAUAAAGGUGUAUUUCUUUUUUAUGAGUUUAUUGCUAUGAAAACACCAGUUAUUUUGUUACAGCUGGCUGUUUUUAUAAGUGUAUCACAAUUUUCUUUAUGCAGAAAUGUUCUGACUAGGAGUGGUUAUUGACUGUAACUACACAAUUAAAAUUGUUUGUAUGGUAUGAU